CUAACCGUCAACAGGUUAGGCUAGGUAGAGAUUCAAUCCAAACAGGAAACAUUUUGGAUUGAGUACAGCAAGAGAAGAAGUUUGUGUACCUCAGUUCAGUUCUUAUUCAAUCAGUUAUCACUUUUGUUCCUUGUUUAUUUUGGUUUUAAUUUUUCAGUUAUCCUGGAUUAAUUGUGAUUGUUGCUACUUCUAUGGUUAAAUAUUCAGAAUAGGACGAAAGAUUGGAAAUACUUAUUUCACCUCAAUUUGAAACCAUCAAAAUGGAGAACAAUCUGAUUCUAGUUAUGAACAUGAGAUGAAGUUUUGAUCGCCUUGAAACUUAAGUUAUAACACUGGUCCAAUCGCCUUUUAUAGAUUAAAUAACAAUGGAUGCGAAAAGCGACAAGUUUGGAACAAAUCAAUUAUAUGGAGCUCAAAGUUUUCGUGAUGAUACACCUUCACGAUUUAAUCAUAAUUAUCAACAAGUACAACAAUUGAAUCACGGUAAUAACCAACAGCAUGUUAAUACAUUACCUCCAAAAGACGGUUCUGUUCCUCGAUGGCUUCCAAAGUGUGGUUAUUGUGAUAAACUGAUCCUUGAAGAGCAGUGUACUGAAGCAGAAGAGAAAGUCUGGCAUCUCAAGUGCUUCAAAUGUUUUGAUUGUAAAAAAACACUUGGUGGUCAACAGUAUGUUAUGGCUCGACCAACCGUUUUGCGAUCAAAUGAGACAACUUUCAAUCCGGAAAAUGAAUAUCCUUACUGUUUGUCCUGUUUUGAUGCCAAUUAUGCAGAAUUGUGCGAAGAAUGUGGUGAUAUUAUUGGUUGUGAGAUUGGAUCGAUAAAACAUGAAAAUAGACAUUGGCAUGCCAAUGAGACUUGUUUCAAGUGUAAUUUCUGUAAAACAGCUUUAUUAGGAAAGCUUUUUCUGCCAGCCAACGAUGGUAAAAUUUAUUGUUCAGCUCGAUGUUAUCAAUAUAUUUUGGAAAUGUAUCAUCCUCCAUCGAUCAGAGAGAGGGUUAAAUUACCUCCUCCACCUCCACCACCACCUUCAACUCCUCCACUACCUCCCCCUUACCCUCACCCUCACAAAGCUCCUAUAUCUCCGUCUUUACAGCCUUCAUCGUCCACUCAGCUGCCUGUUUCGCUUCCUACGCAACAUUCAACGCCUUCACCAUCUGCCCAACCUUCAUCACAAGAAACUCAAGCAACUCAGGUAUCAACAGUACCAGUUCCUCAAGAUAAUACGGUCAUUCCUAGCACCCAAUCAACUACUCCAAAUAUUAAGCCUCAUCCAUCUUCAUCAGAAAAUAGCCUUGUAUCCAGUCGAAGCUCAUUGAUAAAUGAUAAGCCUGAUGUUAUUCAAAAUUAUUUGAAUGCGCCAGACGUUGAAAAGGUUGCAAAAGAGUUGGCUGUAAUCAGUGUAAGCGAAGAGAAAAAACCAGAUGAAGAAAUUUCACCGAUAUCAGUUAAAGUUAUUGAAAAUACUCAAAAGUUGAAUCCAAAGAGUGUUACAUUUGACCCAAGUGUAAAAGAGAAUGAAUCAAGUAGGAAAUGUCGAUCAAACAGAAAAUCGAUGAAAGAAGAUGAUUGUUGUUCUACUUGUUCAUCACAUAGUUCAUCUUCAUCGGAUGACGAUUUUGAUUAUGAUCUCAUGGAUGCACGUCGACGCCAAUGGAUAGCUGGCACUCGUGUCCAUUAUGUGGCAGCUACUGCUCAGCCAGUAUUAACAUCAUCAUCAUCAUCAUCAACAUCAACUCUCCCUAAAACAAAAAAUCUUUCUAAAAUCAACGAUUCAAAGACAAAAGUACUACAUAAACCAAUUAAAAGAUUUCAAGAUUGCUCUAUGAAUUGGGCUGAAAUAUUGCGAAGUAAGCUUAAAGGUCGUUGAGAUUAUCCUUUUUUGCAAAUUAUAAACUACCAAAGUAUCUACUUUUUUAUUGAAAAAACACAUGUAUAAUCACGAUAUUCUUGAUAUGGAUUAAAUAUACUUUACAUAGAAAAGA